AACAUGGUAAAUGGAUGCUUCUACUUCUAGAAGGAAGAUAUAAAAUUAAUUCGAAGAACUACAAUACCACUUGGAGUUGGGGCUGGUGGUAGGAGUCCUUAUUACAAUGUCAUAUUGGUUGUAGCAACGUGUAGUACCAACGCCUACUGUACAAAUUCAGCUCUUGUUGUUGCUAGAAUACGUUCUCCCUCUGCUUGAAGAAGUGAUUGUUUUCAAAGUUGAGCUGCUUCCGCCGAGGGGUUCUACUUGCCAGCACUUCUGGACAUAACUCAUGAGCAGUGCGUUCUUCAUGCCUAGUCGAAGGUUGUGAAGUGUACACGUUUGUCAACAGUUGGGGUUGUGGCCGGUAGGGGAUAUUGACAUGGAGAAAAUUGACGAAGGAGUAGGCUUGGCUGCCGGCGAGGCACGUGAUGAGGAGGUAGCCGUGCUGAGCAAAUCCCCUGGUGAUGGCGAUACGUGCCAGGAUGCUGCGCAAGCGCCACUGGUGGUGGAUGCGGGCGCGUCAGCGUCCAGUCCCAUCAGCGACUGUCCGUCUGAUGAGGGUGAAUGCUCCAGUAGCGACAGUGAGGCACCACCAUGUGCACCUGGAUCAGGUCGUAGCUCCCUUACUGUUGACACGGCGACAGCCACGUCCAUCACCAUUGCUAGUCCUGGCCCUGCGAGCCCUGUAAGCUCGGUGGGCCUUGUGUCGCCGAGCUGUUCAACCGCUCUGCCGACUGAUGCCACUCCCGUCUUACCAGUCUCGCCCGCGCCGACCAAGCGUUCGCACAGUGCAGCAAUCUCAGACAACGAAGAGGACACGCCAGUCGCAAAGAAGCCUUCCCUAAGCGGCGAGACUGCUGCAGCUGCACCGGUGCUCGGCGGUGUCGAGGACGUAUCCUCUGAUGACGAAGACGGUGAUGACGUGGAGCAGAUGGACACUGAAGGCAAGGCUGGCAGUGUGUCAGCGGCGUCGCAGUCCACGCCCAAUACGGAUACGGCAACACAGGAUGAUCCUGGCGUGGCUGCCGAUCGAGAAAUCAAAGCUGAGCCGGACGAUGGAGCGCGUGAUGCACAGGCACGCUCAGGACAAUGUCCCGUUCAGCACGGUAGUCCUGGCAACGGGUCAGGAGCUGCAGCGGACGGUGAUAGCGCAACGCGUGUCACCAAGUCAGUCAAGUCGGGCUACUUUAUUCGCCAGGAAGUCGUCAUGGCUGAUGUAUGGAAGGAAGAGACUGAGUCGCAUGCACAGAUUGGUCCUGUCACUUACAACGUCAAUCGCAUAGUCAAUAACCAGCACAGCGACUACCAGUUGCCACUGCCUGAGAACUGGGUACUCAUCAAUCAUGAAAGCGGUGGCACGAUCUACAUGGACCGCGCCAGUAGAGUCUGCACGUGGGCACGUCCGUACUAUUUGGGCGAUCACAGCGCUCGGAAACAUGAGGUUCCUGUAUGCGCAAUUCCGUGCCUAAUGCAAGGUUUGGCAGACAAUGAGGAGAAAAAAGCACUCAAUUUUCCAGACCCGAAGCUUGUCGAGGCUCAGAAGGAGGAAAUGAAAGCAGAAGCUAAAGGCUCAGGCAUUCCACUACCUAAAGAAGAUGAAGAGGCAGUCGCUGUGCCGACAAUAAAACAGGAGAAGUUUGUUGACUACUUGAGCCACCGGUGGGAGAUUUCCAAGACUGAAAGCCACUGCUACUGCCGUCAUUGUCGCUACCUCAUGUCUAAACCUGAAGAAAAGCAGGACAUUGGCGAGCUAGACGAAGAGAAGCUCGAGGCGAGACUUGCCGCUCAGAAAGAAGCUAACAGCUGGGCGUUGGGAGAAGUGCAGGCGGAUGGGUCUCUCUUUUUCAAGAUUGGCCGCAAAGGUGGCACCCAACUUAACACUGCUGGGAAGACUCCGCUGUCUGUUCUGAACGAGUACUGCCAACGUAUUUUGCGAGUUCGUCCCGAGUUUGUGUCCGGCGAGUUAGAGGAUCCGAAAACUCCGUUCCAGGUUGUAGUCACUCUCAAUGGCAUGAAGUACGGUGUCGGCGUCGGCACUAACAAGAAGAUUGCCAAGCAAAUGGCCGCCGAGUUGACACUGCAAGCCCUCAAUCCCACUGUGGCCAAACGCCUACAAACUAGCAACUCCCGCCAGGCCGAAACCGCUGGUCUCGAUGCGUUCGAGGACAUGCCGGUGGAUGACCCGGGCGUCCCCCAGCUGUGCCAGGAACUGGGCAUGCCGCGGCCAUCUCAGGUCUUGGCAGAGUGCCUGCGCAGGAACCAACACUCGCAGCCGAUGACGUGCGAUCUGAAAGUGGAGGUGUUGAACAGCCGCGCGUGCCGCUAUAAGAUGACAUGCGGCGAUCAUGCUGUGGAGGGCAAGUGUCCGUCAAAGAAAAAUGGUCGUCAAGUAGCGUCACAGGCGAUGUUGAAGAUGCUUCACCCACACGUCCUCACCUGGGCUGCCAUGAUGGCACUGUACUGUGACAAGACAGGGUUCAACAUCAUCCAGCAGAAAAAUGAAGAUGUUGAGGAUGCCGAGAUGCAGGAUGUACUGCAGAAUCAGCUGAAACCCAAGGACGUCGUGAACUUUGAAGUGUUGAAUGAGCUGCGACGACGAAUGAGGAAGCUAAUCCCAGCCAAGGAUUCGGGCAGGCCUUUGGAUCCAAAGAAGGUGCGGCAGCUCCACGAUUUCAAGCCAUCGUCUGCGACCAUCCACCCCACGCAGGCACCGGUGCCCUCUAGCAGCCCUGGGUCGCAACGCCAUAGGUCUGUUGAAGGUGACACAUCACCACCGGCCCCCCGUUCUCACUCGCCACCGUCGCGAAGCUCUCGUUCGUCACUGGACUCUUCAUCACGUGAUCAUGACCAGCAGCUGCACCAUCACCACCAUCGCACGCACAGCAGUAGUGACCGGGGCAGCCGCAGUGACCGUUACCGUGGCGAUAACUAUCACCAAAGAGACCGAGACUAUCAACCGAGUAGGAGGCAUUCGUCCCCGCCGCGUUCAUAUAGGCCGUAGUUCAUUUGCAACGCCAGCGAGUGCUCGCGAGUGGCGUUGGUGUGUGUGUGUGUGAGUGUGUGUGUGUGUGUGUGUGCCCCCCCCCCCCAACGCAUUCAUCCAUGUGUUUGUAAAUAUGCUGCCUUGCUUCUUUUUUUAAAACUUCCAUCUGUGUGGUCUCCUUGCUCAGUCUUCUCCCCGUCCUGAGACCUCUGCUUGCUUCUAAUAUUAAUUUUCUGACCUGUUCCUAACCACCUUGCAUCCUAACCCUCACUACAUAUCCUGUUUAUGUGUGAAUUGUCAAUUGUUCUAUUUCA